CCUUUCUCCCUUUAUUUCCUUCAAAUGAAGGAAAUCACAGAAACUCAGCCAAAAAAACCCUAGCACUGUAAGGCUACACCACCGCCGCAAGGAGUGGCACACUGCCGCCGUCGGUCGCACUCAAAGUUCGCCGUCCGUCCGUCUAUCUAGCUUCCCUCGUGCUCCAAGUCUUCAACCCCUGUUUGCUGUCACCGAUCGCAGCUGCUUCCUCGAGCUCGGCGUCCGUCGUCUUUGUCUGUUCAGCCGCCGUUUGUUUGCCGUCGUCUUUGUUCGCGUUCUUCGCCGUUCUCGUUCGCUCGGCGUUCACCGUUCGCGUUCACUCGCCGUUCACCGUUUGAGUUCGCAUUCGCGUUCGUCUGGAAGCCACGUUGCUCUGCUUCAAACUCUGCUACCAACCCGCGCGCUCCACCUUGCCGUAGAACUGCUCUCUUUUGUCGCCGUCGAAAUUCUGAAUUUCUGAGGUAUAUAAGAAUUAAGAAGGAAGACUAUUUCAACGGUAUUACUCUGUUGAUUCUGGUCUGCUACAAGCUUGAACAUAGAAUUGAAGAGAGAAACCCUUUAUUAUUUCAUCAUUGGCCUAUUUUUGGCAUUGCAUAUCAUUGUAGUUUGUUUAUUCAUAGAGCUAGUUGUUUAUGAUUCUCUUUUGAAGUAAAAAAGUGCAGUAGAAGAGUGUUUAGAACCAGUUGUUUUAUUCAUUGAAUUUUUAUAGAAUCAGGUGUUUAUUAUAAAACGGUUUUUUUCGGUUGAACCUUAGUUGAACCGGUUGAACCAAUAAACUAGUGAACCAGUAACUAGAGCGGUUUAAUGACUAUUCCGGUUUUCAGAUCCUUGUGACUGGUUCGAUUAUCGAGUCGGUUCCGACAACUAUAACAUAGAGAGACUUUCCCAAUUUCCCUUGAGGACGCCAUCUUCCUCGUCCACUGUACCUUCUUCUCACAUGCACAUGCACAGUCACAGCCCCUCCACUUCAUUCUGCCAUCGAGCUUCAGCUCCGCUCCUCAAGAUAACAUAUAAUAUCUCAUUCUCAUACAUCAAUAUGCCACAUGAAGCCUUGGUUUUCCCAACAAAUCUUCAUUCACACAUUUUCUAAGGACCAACCCCUUAACAUUUUCAAGCUCAACCGCAUUCUUGCAGAAUUCACACGCUCAAACCAAUACACAGAAUCAUUCAAACUCUUCACCAAAAUUCACUCAUCACAAUCCCUCAGACCAGACAAUUACACACUCUCCACAGCAAUAACUACCUCAGCAAACUCUCAAAAUCUCACCUUUGGCAACCAACUUCACACCCAUGCCAUCCAAACAGGCCUUAAGUCCCAUUCCCAUGUUUCAAAUUCCUUGCUUUCUCUGUAUUCCAAGGUCCAUGAUCUUCAUUCUGUUAUGUGUGUCUUUGAAGAAAUCCAAUUUCCAGAUGUGUAUUCAUGGACUACACUGUUAUCUGCAUGUACUAGGCUUGACCAUGUUGAUUAUGCUCUUCAAGUGUUUGAUCAAAUGCCCAAUAGGAACAAUGUGGCAACUUGGAAUGCCAUCAUUACUGGGUGCACAGAUGAUAAUGGGCACGAAGAUUUUGCUAUCAGCUUGUUCAAAGAUAUGCACAGGAUUGGUAUUAGGCCUGAUGGUUACACCUUUGCGAGCAUGUUGAGUUUAUGCAAAAGUGUGGAGCUUUUGGAUUAUGGAAGACUCGUGCAUUCGGAAGUUGUCAAGAGUGGUUUCUUGGCUAGGACUUCUGUCGUCAAUUCUCUUAUCACCAUGUAUUUUAACUGUGAACGCGUUGCGGAUGCCUAUGAGGUGUUUGAGGAAGCAGGAGCUGCUUUGCGUGAUCACAUUACUUAUAAUUCAAUGAUUGAUGGUCUUGUAAAGAUGGAGAGAAAUGAAGAUGCAUUCUCAACGUUCAAGGACAUGCUACAGGCUUAUCUUCGUCCGACUGAGCUUACAUUUGUGAGUGUCAUGAGCUCUUCUCUGCCUUUAGGAUUUGGAUGUCAAGCACAAGCAUUAGCUAUCAAAAUGGGUUUUAUUGAUUUUACAGCUGUGAAUAAUGCAACAAUGACCAUGUAUUCCGGCUUCAGGAAUUUAAAUGAAGUUGAGAAUAUUUUUGAGAGUAUGAAUGAAAGGGAUCUUGUUUCAUGGAACAUAAUGAUUUCAAGCUAUGCUCAAGACGACAUUAGCAAAGCAGCAAUCAUGACCUAUUUGAAAAUGAGGAGAGCUACAAUUGAACCAGAUGAAUUUACUUACGGAAGUGUGCUAGCUGCUGCAGACACUUCGCACACUGUGGAGAUGAUCCAUUCCCUCUUGUUGAAAAAUGGGCUUAUGAAAGUUGAAGUUUUGAAUGCACUUAUUUCAGCAUAUAGCAGACAUGGAAACAUAAAAUGUGCCUUUCUAAUUUUCUCUGAUCUUCCCUACAAAAAUUUGAUAUCUUGGAACAGCAUCAUAUCUGGAUUAGCAAUAAAUGGAUACCUUUUGCAAGGGUUCGAGCAGUUCUCGGCAUUACUUGACACAAAUCUCAAGCCAAAUGUGUAUACCCUCAGUCUUGGUUUGAGCAUUUGUUCUAGCAUUUCAGCCAUGAGUCAUGGGAAACAGAUCCACUGUUACAUACUACGCCAUGGAUUUUCUUCAGAAGUUUCUUUAGGCAAUGCUUUGGUGACAUUGUAUGCCAAAUGUGGAUCCUUAGGCAUGUCUUUGGGAGUUUUCAAUGCAAUGAUUGAAAGAGAUACGAUCUCUUGGAACGCUCUCAUAUCUGCUUAUGGGCAACAUGGGCUAGGCGAAGAAGCUGUCUGCUGUUUUGAGUCAAUGCAGACCUCACCCGGGAUCAAACCGGAUCAUGCUACCUUCACUGCAGUUCUUUCAGCUUGCAGCCACGCAGGUUUGGUUGAAGAAGGUACCCAUAUGUUUUAUACAAUGGUGAAAAUUUAUGGGUUUUUGCCAAGUGUGGAUCAUUUUUCUUGCGUAGUUGAUCUGUUGGGUCGCAGUGGAUACCUUGAUGAGGCAGAAAGAGUGAUUGAAGGUGGUUACUUUGGAGCGCAUUCUGAUUUAUGCUGGUCUUUGUUCAGUGCAUGUGCCGCACAUGGUAAUCUAAGACUGGGAAGAAGAAUUGCCAAACUUCUCCUGGAAAGAGAUCAUAACAAUCCAUCAGUCAGCGUGCUUUUGUCGAAUAUCUAUGCUGCUGCAGGGCAGUGGGAAGAAGCAGCUCGUCUGAGGGAUGUGAUGAGAGCAUUUGGGAACACAAAGCAACCUGGUUGCAGUUGGAUCAGAGCCUAAGUAGUUAAUCUUAGGUCUCGUAAUGCAUAUGUAUAGAAGCAUGAACAUGAUAAAGAGUUCUUAUACAGAGUUCAAUUUUGAAUAGACUUAAAGCCCAGAGAAUGAUGUGAUACACAACAUAUUCAAGCAAAAAAAAAAAAAAAUUCAAACUGUUUAAGAUAGAAGUCAAUAUAACAGAAUUCCAUUAGGAG